AUGAAUGUGUGGGGCCCUUCCCGCGUCACUGGACAGGGUGGCGAGCGCUACUUUCUGCUGGUUGUUGACGACUACACGCGCUACACCACGGUCUUCCCCUUGCAGAGCAAGGCGGAGGUCCGCAGUGUCUUGAUCCACUCGAUACGCAUCCGCCAGUCGUUCACGCUUCUGGCCUCUCCGCAGCAGAAUGGGAUUGCAGAGCGUCGCAUUGGCUUAGUCAUGGAGGUUGCUCGCUCCUCCAUGGUCCAUGCGGCUGCUCCCCAUUUUCUGUGGUCGUUUGCGGUCCAAUACGCCGCUGCGCAGCAGCUCAACCUCUGGCCCCGUGUCUCCCAUCCGGAGACCUCCCCUACUCUGCGGUGGACGGGAGAGGUUGGUGAUGCAUCGGUGUUUCGGGUCUGGGCUGAGGGGGGUGACCCGCCUGGUGCCGACACUGUGGCCCCUCGCCGCUCAGCGCGCUUGGCGGCCCCUCUUAGUUUUCCGCCUCGGCCGUCUUCACCGCUUCGGCAGCCGGUCGCUGUGGACUCUGGUGCUGCUGGAGGAGAAGCUCGAGGUGCUGCAGUUGGAGGUGCUAGAGGUGUUGGUGCUGGUGGUACUGGAGUUGGAGGUGAUGGAGGUCCUAGUGCUAGAGAUGCUAAUACUAGCGGUGCUAGAGCUGGAGGUGCUAGAGCUGGAGGUGCUAGAGGUACUGGAGCUGCUGGUGCUAGAGGUGCUAGAACUAGAGGUGCUGGAGGUGCUAGAGCUGCUGGUGCUGGAGGUACUAGGGAUGCUGGUACUGGAAGUGCUACUGGAGGUGCUAGCAUUGGAGCUACUGGAGGUACUGGAGCUGCUGGUGCUGGAGGUGCUAGAGUCGGAGAUACUGGGGGUACUGGAGCUGCUGGUGCUGGAGGUACUGGAGCUGCUGGUGCUGGAGGUGCUACAGCUGGAGGUGUAGGAGGUUCUGGAGCUGGUGGUACUGGAGGUGCUGGAGGUGCUGGAGCUGCUGACGGUACGGGUACUGCGCCGCGCCGCCCAUUUUUCUACGAGCAGCCGGAGUCGUCCUUACCACCGCCUGGCUCGGCACUUCGUCUGUUCUUAGUCUUCCGUCUUCCACUGGCCUUACUCCUCCCUUACUGUGUCCACCGCUUGGCCCGUCUUAGACACAGCUACCACCAGACUCCCCACUGCCUGCUCCUUCUCCUUACACAGAGCAGCCAGACACCUUGA